AGAAGCCACCUAUAAAAAUUGUGUACGAGAGAAAAAGAUAUCCCAAGGAAAAAGGAUCCACAGAGCAGCAAGCUGCUUCAGAGGAAGCGAAUAAUGGAAUAAACCCAGGGAGCAGCAGUAACACCACAAGGGUUGUAACCUCAACAUGCAAUUUGUUGGAUUCAAAAAGUUCGUUAGAAAAGGAACAUGAAAAAGAAAUGAAAAUGGCAGAAACAGGUCUACUGGGGAAAGGGCUAAAGUCAACUGAAGAAUCCGGAGAUGGAGAGAAAAAACACAGCAAAGUAAGGACCAGUACAACCUACUAUACGAGAAAAAAAACAGCACCAGAGACUCUGAGAGCUGAAGGAGGACAACCUAUCAGCGGAAGUUCAGAGUGCAUGAUUAGAAUAUCAGAGACAGAAGGUGUUGCCGUGCCUGGAACGGCACCAGAAGGAGCCCAGUUUGAUGGAAAACAACAUGUUUCUAUGAUGACCACACGGCCAACUCAAAUUUGUGAGGAAUUCAACACAUACAAUGAGAUCUACGACAGUUUCACUAAAAUGGGCCUUCGAGAAAAUCUGCUGAAGGGAAUAUAUGCAUAUGGUCUGGAGAAGCCUUCUGCCGUGCAUCAACGAGGGAUCGUCCCGUUGUGUAAGGGUCUGGAUGUUAUUCAGCAGUCGCUGUAUGGAACAACUGUGACACUUGCCUGUGGAGUUCUGCAGCGACUCGAUUAUGGAUCUGCGGAAUGCCAAGCGUUGGUCCUUGUACCAACACGUGACUUAGCACAGGAGACUGAGAAAGUUAUUGGAUCACUUGGUCAGUGGCUAGGUGUCAAAGCUCUUGCUUGUUUUGGAGGAACUAGUGUUCGUGGGGACAAGCAAUUUUUGUCAAGCAGCGUUCAAGUCAUCGUCGCUACGCCUGGUCGUGUUCUUGACAUGCUGAGAAGGCGAGCACUCUGUCCAGAUAACAUUAGAAUGUUUGUCUUGGAUGAAGCAGAUGAAAUUCUCACAGGAGGUUUGAAGGACCAGAUCUAUGAUAUUAUCCAGCUUCUCCCAAGCAAAAUCCAGUUUGGAGUAUUCUGUACCACCAUGUCCCAUGAAGCUCUCGAGCUUUGCCAGAAGUGCAUGCAUGAGCCUAUGAAGGUCAUUGUGCCGAAAGAUGAAGAACUUAAGGGUAUUAGCUAUAAGCAGUUCUAUGUUAAAGUUGAGAAGGAAGAAUCGAAGUUUGAUGAAUUGUGUGACCUUUUUCGCACCAUGGCGGUCACACAAUGCAUCAUCUUUGUGAACGCACGUCGGAAGGUCAAGUCACUGGCCGAGAAGAUGAGAGGCAGGGAUUACACUGUGUCAACAAGCCACGGUGGUAUGGACCAGCAGGCAAGAGAAGUUGCCAUCCAGGAUCUUAGUUCUGGAUCCUCUCGUGUCCUCGUUACCACUGACCUUCGUGGCGCUGACGCGUUGGAGGUCCCUGUGGUCAUCAACUAUGAUCUGCCGACACAACCUGUGCAAUACCUUCGUCAUGUGCGACGAAGCGGACAGCCCAGAGGGAAGGGUGUCGCCAUCAGCUUUGUUACUCGCGCUGAUGACCGUGUUCUGUCCGACAUCCAAAGGUUCUGCAACGCUCCGGUAGCGGAGCUACCCUCAAGCACCGCAGACCUCCAGUGAGCAGUACCCUAGUUGGUUAUAGUGUGGAGAUGGGUGCGGCUAGAUUUUUGCUCGCUUUUCCUGAGAGCUGCACAUCAUGUGCAUUUUGUUGAAUCUGGGAUGCUGUUAUGUUGUGCGGAUGGGUAGCUAGACUGCUGCAUUU